CGAGAGAGAGAGAAAGAGUGAGAGAGAGAGAGAGAGAGAGAGAGAGAGAGAGAUGAGUUUGAUGAAUCCUUAUGAGACGAAGUGUUUAGGUUUCGAAUCCCCAAGCUUCAUUGAAUGGCUUAAACCUUCGUCUUCUUCUUCUUCUUGUCCUUCUGUAUUAUACCGUAUGAAGACAAGAGAUGCUAUAUCAAGAUCCUCAAAUCACCACCAGAGUCAGAUGAACAUGUUGGAACGAUCUCUCUUCUUAUACCAACCACAAGAACAACCGCUCAAUACUUCUAUCCAGUGCUUGCCUCUUCUAAACAAGCUCAUGGAAAAUAAUAGUCGUCGUCAGACCUUGGAAGAUAUAAAAGAAGAGAGUAAGGAUGAUGUGGUUACUCUCCAAAUCGGGUUCCCUGAUUACCACCGUGGUAACUCGGUGGAGGAUGAGUCUGAUACAACUUCCGAUCAUCAGGAGAAACCGAUCAAGAGAGAGAUGGUAGAAGAUGGCGUGGUGAUGAUGAACAAGAGGAGGAAGAUGAAGUUUGAUGCGGAGAUGAUUGAUUCUGAUAUGGAAGUUUGUGGCAAGAGGUUUUGGAUACCAAGCCCGGCUCAGAUUCAUGUCGGUCCAAUGCAAUUUGCUUGCUCUAUUUGCAGCAAAACGUUCAAUAGGUACAAUAACAUGCAGAUGCAUAUGUGGGGACAUGGAUCGGAGUUCAGAAAAGGGGCUGACUCGUUGAAGGGCACAACCCAACCUGCAGCCAUCCUGCGGCUACCAUGCUAUUGUUGUGCAGAGGGAUGCAAGAACAACAUCAACCACCCACGGUCCAAGCCCUUGAAAGAUUUCCGUACACUUCAGACACAUUACAAACGUAAGCAUGGCUCCAAGCCCUUCUCUUGCGGCAAAUGUGGCAAAGCUUUGGCUGUCAAAGGUGACUGGAGGACUCACGAGAAAAACUGCGGAAAGCUUUGGUAUUGUACGUGUGGAUCAGAUUUCAAGCACAAGAGGUCUCUCAAAGACCACAUCAGGUCCUUCGGCAGUGGACAUUCUCCUCACCCGUCUCUUUCGUUUGAGGGUUUUGAGGAGGAUACAGAAUGUGUCACCACAGAAUGAGCAUCAUACACCGGAUUGACUGUGGAAUCAUCGAGCGACCGGUAAGAUCUGAAUUUUCUAAUGUUGCUUCAAAACUAUCCGCCACAAAAACAUCUCAAGUCUACCAAAGAAUUUCUAUCUUGGAAAAGGAGAAAUUCUUUGUUAGACUCGAUACAUAUCAAAAUAUAGAAAAUUUACCAAAUGAUACUAACGAAGCAACAUUAUUAAAUUUAGAUCUUUUUAUGGUGAUAUAUAUGGUUACGAUAAGUCCACAUGAAGCCUGGUGUUCGUCUUAUAACGUCUUCCUUUUUUUUUUUUCUCUUAAGUUUGAGUAUUGGUGUGUUGCGUACUAUGCAUGUGAUAUCAUAUAUCAUUAGGGUUCUUGGUUUUGGUUUGGUAGGGGAUUUUUGCUACUAGGUAACCUUAAGAAAAGAGGUUUAAUUAUGCUCACCAACAAAAACUUCUCUUUUUUACGAGGGUUGUAUUUGUUGGGGAGCAUUUUGUGGCUUGUGUAAACCCCCUAGUUAUCUUAGUGAUUAGUAAUUAAGUAUGAUCUCAGUCUUAAUUAGGGUUUCCUUAUUUAAAAUAAGGGUGAUUUAUCGGUUCAAAUUUUGUGAAGCACGUGAAUUUUCUGUUUCUCUCUCAAUGUAAUUUUGUAUUAGAAGAGAAAAUUGGUGUGCUUCACUUCAUUAUAUUGUACGCAUUACGAUAAUCAUCAAGUAAAGACUCUUUUUCAUUA